GGCCGUAAUUCCGGUAUAGGUAAGCCUACUAGGCGCGUGCAGCCCGCGCACUAUAUAAGCGCGGCGAUCCGGUGUCCGUGAUUUUCAUUCACCGACAGACUCGAUCGCGCGAACUCGUACAAGAUGGGUAAAGCCACCGGAGUGUUCGUCUUUUGCGUCGCUGCAGUAGCCAUGAUCGUGGUCAGCGAAGUACCAGUUCCCACGGACGCGUUCCUGGAACCGUUCGCCAGUCACUUGAUUGCGAAAAAAAUGAUGCUCAAACACGGAUUCGCCGCACCUUCAGCACCGUCCGGCCAGACGACGCAGUACAUCUAUUACGGCGGGCAAUAUCAACACCAGCCGCGGCCGUCACCGCCCCAGCCACAACCACAGGUCAGCUACCCGGCUUACGGUCCGCAAACGUCCAGCUACCCGUCGUACGGUCCACCGGCGGCCAGUUACAGCGAACAGUCCGCGCCCUACGUCAAACCGGCACCGGCAUAUGGUCCGCAAACGUCCAGCUACCCGUCGUACGGUCCACCGGCGGCCAGUUACAGUGGAUACAGCGAACAGGCCGCGCCAGUCGUCAAACCGGCACCGUCAUACGGAUCGGUCACUUACGUCGGAUACAGCGAACAGCCCGCACCCGUCGUCAUCAAACCAGCACCGUCGUACGGUCCGCCAGCCACUUACAGCGGGUACAGCGAACAGGCCGCGCCAGUUGUCAAACCGGCACCGUCAUACGGAUCGGUCACUUACGUCGGAUACAGCGAACCCGCACCCGUCGUUAUCAAACCAGCACCGUCGUACGGUCCACCGCCGGUCAGUUACAGCGGUUACAACGAACAGCCCGCGCCCGUCGUCAAACCGACGCCGGCUCCGCCUGCAUGUCCACCCGGCAGCCAGCCGGCAGCACAAGUCGACUUCUCCAACUAUGCCGUACACGGUGGACACGGUUACGGAAAAUAAUGUAGACGAAGACAAUAAUAAUAUUUAUAGUAAUAGUAAUAAAAAUACCACCAAUCAUGUAUUAUUGACUAUAUAAGUUUAAAGAAUUAAAAAUUAAUUUAAUAGUAAAAAAGUUACAAUGUACAAAUAA